CGGCGCACGCGCAGGACCGGCAGCCCGCGAGACCUGAUCUCGGUUUGGCCCCGCGAUAUCUCGGCCACCUCUUCCUCCCUCGGGCCGGUCUUUUUUCGGUGCCGCUUCCGGGAUGCCCCGACCGCUUCUGGGUUGAUCCGUACCCGUUUUUCUGCCGUCACGCUCCCAGGCCCCCAGACUCCGUUUACAGGCUGGUGGCUUGCGGUGGAACCUCCCCGCCCCCACCCGACCCUAUCUCGGAGAGCGCGCGCCCCGCUGCACCCCAGGAACCAAUCAGCUGCCACCUUAGAUUAAACCCUGGUGAGACCUUGGAGUGUGAGGGAUGGCAGACCAUCAGGAAUGGAAGGUGACCAUGUCUGAGUCUGGGCACAGUCAGCCUGGGCUCUAUGGGAUAGAGAGGCGGCGGCGGUGGAAGGAGCCAGGCCCUGGCGGCCCCCAGAAUCUCUCCGGGCCCGGUGGUCGGGAGAGGGACUACAUUGCACCCUGGGAAAGAGAGAGACGGGAUGGCAGCGAAGAGACAAGCGCGGCCGUCAUGCAGAAAACCCCCAUCAUCCUCUCAAAGCCUCCAGCCGAGCGGUCAAAGCAGCCACCACCUCCAGCAGCUCCUGCCGCCCCGCCAGCCCCGGCCCCUCUUGAGAAGCCCAUCGUCCUCAUGAAGCCACGGGAGGAGGGGAAAGGGCCUGCGGCCACAGCGAGCGCCUCCACCCCCGAGGGCGCUGCCCCACCCCUGCCUGCGGCCCCCGCGCCACCCAAGGGAGAGAAGGAGGGGCAGAGACCCACACAGCCUGUGUACCAGAUCCAGAACCGGGGCAUGGGCACCGCCGCGCCAGCAGCCAUGGACCCUGUCGUGGGCCAGGCCAAACUGCUGCCCCCAGAGCGCAUGAAGCACAGCAUCAAGUUGGUGGAUGACCAGAUGAAUUGGUGUGACAGUGCCAUUGAGUACCUGUUGGAUCAGACUGAUGUCUUGGUGGUUGGUGUCCUGGGCCUCCAGGGAACAGGCAAGUCCAUGGUCAUGUCAUUGUUGUCAGCCAACACUCCUGAGGAGGACCAGAGGGCGUAUGUCUUCCGGGCCCAGAGUGCCGAAAUGAAGGAGCGAGGGGGCAACCAGACCAGUGGCAUCGACUUCUUUAUUACCCAAGAGCGGAUCGUCUUCCUGGACACACAGCCUAUCCUGAGCCCCUCCAUCUUGGACCACCUCAUCAACAACGACCGCAAGCUGCCUCCGGAGUACAACCUGCCCCACACCUACGUGGAGAUGCAGUCACUCCAGAUCGCUGCCUUCCUCUUCACGGUCUGCCACGUGGUGAUUGUCGUCCAGGACUGGUUCACGGACCUCAGUCUGUACAGGUUCCUCCAGACAGCAGAGAUGGUGAAGCCCUCCACCCCGUCCCCCAGCCACGAGUCCAGCAGCUCGUCAGGCUCCGAUGAAGGCACUGAGUACUACCCCCACCUGGUCUUCCUGCAGAACAAGGCUCGCCGGGAGGACUUCUGCCCUCGGAAGCUGCGGCAGAUGCACCUGGUGAUCGACCGGCUCAUGGCCCACUCCCACCUGCGGUACAAGGGUACUCUGUCCAUGUUACAGUGCAACGUCUUCCCUGGGCUCCCGCCUGACUUCCUGGACUCCGAGGUCAACCUGUUCCUGAUGCCCUUCCUGGACAGUGAGGCGGAGGGUGAAACCCCUCCAAGGGCAGGACCCGGCUCCAGCCCCCUCUUCUCCCUACUCCCUGGGUACCGAGGCCACCCCAGCUUCCAGUCUUUGGUGAGCAAGCUCCGGAGCCAAGUGAUGUCCAUGGCACGGCCGCAGCUGUCACACACGAUCCUCACUGAGAAGAACUGGUUCCACUACGCUGCCCGGAUCUGGGACGGGGUGAAGAAGUCCUCCGCCCUGGCAGAGUACAGCCGCCUGCUGGCCUGAGGCUGAGGGGAGGACUGUCACGCAGAGAACCCCCUUCCGGGCGCCCAGUGGGUGGCGAGUGGCACCCCCGUCCUCCCCCCCCUCACGGGGUGGAGAGUGGCAGCAGGCCUGACGGACGAGGGACCGAGGCUUCCUCGCCCGGAGACACGCGCUGUGCGGGGCCAGGCCCCCACCCUCAAGGGAGCGUUGUUUGGGGGGUGACUUCAAGAUCCCGCCCCCAAGCUGGGUGGGGCAGCCCAUCUUCAGCCUCCACAGGGACAGGUGGGAGGAGCCUGAGUGGUCACCACGAAGCCCGGGCUCCACGUCGGCCUCCCUCUGCAGGGGCAGACGCAGUAGGUCCCUCUGCCCUGACUCCAGGCCCGUGCCUAGAAGGCGAGGCAGGGUCUGGGAGCUCUUCACUGGGGCACAUCUGGUGGUUGGAAUAAAAACAGUC